AUUGAGUUGAAGCAUGCGCCUUGUCAUUUUCAGUCAUUGGUUGGUCAAAGAUUUUUAAAAUUGUUAUAAAUCGGAUAAUCGGCUCGUAGCUCAAGUGUCGAACUGUGAUAAGUUUAUUUUAGGUUUUAGUGAAAUAUCUAAUGUGCAUUUAAGUGAAAUACACUAAAUAUUCAAGAUGCUUAUCAAAGAAUAUCGCGUUACUCUUCCUUUAACAGUAGAAGAGUAUCAAGUUGCGCAGUUGUACUGUGUCGCGGAGGUCUCCAAAAACGAAACUGGUGGCGGCGAAGGAAUUGAGGUCGUCAAGAAUGAGCCGUUCAAAGACUAUCCUUUGCUUGGUGGAAAAUACUCAUCCGGUCAAUACACGUACAAGAUCUACCAUCUGGCGUCUAAGGUGCCCGCGUUUAUCAGAAUGCUGGCGCCGAAGGGCUCCCUAGAAGUGCACGAAGAGGCGUGGAACGCGUAUCCGUACUGUCGGACCGUGCUCACGAAUCCAGGAUAUAUGAAAGAAAACUUCGUGAUCUGCAUAGAGUCAUUGCAUUUACCGGACGCGGGCGACCAGCAGAAUGUUCACGAAUUGCCGCCGGAGAAGCUCAAGACCCGCGAGGUGGUGAACAUCGACAUAGCGAACGAUCCGCUCCCCAACGCGGACUACAAGCCGGAGACCGAUCCAACGAAGUUCAAGUCGACGAAGACCGGUCGCGGCCCGCUCGUUGGACCCACCUGGAAGAACGACGUGAAGCCGGUCAUGACGUGCUAUAAACUAGUCACCGCCGAGUUCAAGUGGUUCGGAUUACAGAGCAAAGUUGAAAGUGUGAUCCAGAAGUCGGAGAGACGAUUGUUUACCAUAUUCCACAGGCAGGUAUUCUGCUCCAUGGACGACUGGUACGGCAUGACGAUGGCGGACAUCCGAGCUAUCGAAGAUCGUACUAAAGAGGAAUUGGAAAAGCUUCGUCGCGAGGGAGAAGUUCGCGGAAUGCGCGCGGAUAACGAGUAGGGCGCGCGGGCGGCGCGGGCGGCGCGGGGAACUGUCCACGAGUCAACAAUCACGACACGGUUUUAUUGAAGACGUAUCACGUUUAUUACUCGACGUAAUACUUACCGAACUUGUUGUAAUAUAUUAAUUUUGAUUACCGUCGAUGUAUUACCCGUUCCCGUCUGACGUCACGCGCUCGCACAAUGCCCGAGCCUCAAAGUCAGAGAUUGCGUUUCAAAACGACUGCAGGCAGUCUAAAGCUCAUUAUUUACAACACGUAUUAUAUUUACUAUGAUAGUUAGUUUUCCGAAUAUAACUGUUAACUUUUAUGAAUAAAUUGACUCGGUAUUAUCCACGGAGAAAUCUUGAUGUUAAUGAAUUUUUCAAUAUCGUUGCGUAGAAUUAGAGAAAUACUUUAUUGACGAUUUUCACAUUGCACAAUAUAAUGUAUAUACAUAUAUUAUAGUAAAUUAACAUUUAAAAGCAAUAUGUGUUAGUAUUAACAUAAUAUUGAAUAUAAAUAAUGUUCAUGAAAUGUAUAAGAACAAGCUAUUCGUGGCCUAUAUACAUUCGAAAGUCGAUCUCGUUUGAAGCAAGGGCAUACCUUACCAUUAGCAAAAUAAUUUCACGGAAAUGUGGUAUAGAAUACUAUUUAAAUAAUAAUAGGUCGAUGUAGUCAGUGAUUAAAGGUAGUGCGUUCGUUACGUAACAAAAUUAAUUCAAAAUUAUAAAUUUUAGACGGAAUACCUAAAAACGGUUUUCGAAAAAUAUAUUAAUGGCAUUUUAGGUACGUUUUAAAAAUAUUUCGCUGUUUUAAUAAAUAACAUUCUACAAUAAGGUUAACACCUGUCUAGAGCGGGUGUCGUUUGGCCGUCGUGUAUUAUAUUACGAUAGAUAUAAAAUGAUUCAUAUUGCAUAUAAUUUCGCGUAAUCGUUUUUGAUUUAAUUAAGAACACGAAUGUUUAGGGAAAAAUUAUUGGUGCAAUAUAUAUAAAUAUAUAUAUUCGUAUUCUAAUGACGGCAUCCUUAGAUAUAUAAAAGGUAGCUCGGAUAAUUAUUUUAUAUAUGGGGGGUGUUGCAAGGUGAAUUUUGGAAUAUUAUUUAUUAAAUGUGUCGGUUCGGUGGUUGGAGUAUCGUCGGCUCGCUGUGUCUAUUCAGAUUGCAACAUCCAUGUAAAGUUAUCGCAUGUAUUUUUUUAUAUUUAUUUAUAUAUUUUUUUUAUUUAAGUUCGUUUAACGGAUCAGUAUUUUUUAUAUUUGUGUGACAUUCCAGAUUCUGUACCGAGAGAGACAUUUGAACAUUUUCAAUAGAAAUAUCGAUUCAUCACCCUAAAUAGCUCUCUGCCUUGUCGAUUGCGAAAAUGUGCGAUUAUUGCAUAUAGAAAGUUUCUUAUAUAUUAUAUACUUAAUUUAUUGUCAGUACAUUGAGUGUCAAAAGUUGUUAUUCGUAGUUUAUGAUGUAAAAUAUUGUCAUUCAUGUUCCUUAAUUUUUUUACAUAAAUAAAUAGUUUGUGAUCGUUUAUUUUGAUUUUAUAUUCAUUCAAAUUUCAGAAUUAAUUAAUUGAAAUUACCCUUUUUUAUGAAAUAGAUACCUUUUUUGGUUUUUCAUAAGAGUCGUUUUAUAUUUCCUAGUUACUCUUUUUUUUUUAAUUUUAUAAAAUAUUCAUUUUACAACAAACAGAACGAUAUAUUCGGAAGCAUUCUUCUAAUAAUUUAGAGGAUAAUUGGCUUCAGCUUUUAGCGUCGAAUAGUGCUUUUGUGUUUUUUUUUUCUGUAUUUUUAUAUUUUUUUAUAUCUGUUUGCAUUUAAGCUACUUUGUUUUACCUAAUUUCAAUAAAAUUCUUUGUGCAUAAUAUUCGAUUAUCUGUUCUAUGGCCAAAAGUAAAUUGAGGAAAAAAUGUGAAAUUAUUGACAAAGAAGUGCAGUUCGCAUUUUAUAUUAUUUACAUUUUAACUUGUUGCAGUUACCAAAUAAAAAUUAAGUACAUAUGAAAUAUAUAUUUUUCGUUAUUUCCUCUAUAGUGUUUUAACAAAGCACACACAAAAAGUCCUUCGAUUUUGCGAAUUAACAUAUAUGAUGAUUUCUUUGAUUAUUUUGUUAAUUAAUUUGAUUUUGCUUAAUUUAUCAAUAUAUUUAAAUUUAGAUGUAACUUAAAUUAAUAGAACUAUAUAAAUAUUAUUACAAGUUUCGUUGUUUGUAAAGUCGAUAUACAUACGCUCCGUGUUAGCUUCUAAUGUGAUUUAGGAAUUUAGAUUAUUAUAUUUAAUUAAUCUCUCAAAAUUCACUCAUCUGUUAUUUAAAUAGAACACAAGAUUUUUGUAGUUAUUUUAAAACAGCAGUUACAUUCUUGGAUAAAAUCAUAUAGAAACGCUGUAAUUGUCAAUUUUAAUGUCUAGCAAUUAAAAUGUUUCGACGAGUUCUCGCAUUAAUAUAUAAAAUUAAGGUAAAUAACAUUUGUUGUAAAAUGUAUUAUGGAUAUUUUGAAUGCCAACAGAAAUAAAAUACUUUUAAUCUGCCA